AUGUCGAGUUUGAGCCAACAAUUGAAGGCAAUCUCUGACAAGACUGCUUCAGUGGCACUUGACCGGAAAACUCGGUCACGUAUUCAUCUGCGGUCGGUCAUCUUUGCCCCAAAGGUGGCCGCCACCCAGGAUUAUGAUUACUUAUACCUGGUGGGUCGUGAAGGUUUUGAUGAACUUUGCGAUAUCGACAAGCGCUUUGUCAAAUUUGGCUCGACGAUCUUUAGUGAUCAGUCUAUUCAGACUGAUCGUGACGUCGAAGACCAAACGGCGGUUGCCCAUUUGAAGUCAACCUUAAGUGCAUUCAUGGAAUUGUUGGGGCCUUACUACCAAUUAAACCCCGCUGUGAAAGCUCUAGAGUGGUUGAUCCGCCGGUUUUACGUUAAUAUCCAUGAGCCUGAAGCUCUCCUCAUGCUGGUGUUACCUCACCAUAAUACCUCGAUAUUCCUCAAAGUGUUGAAUGUCAUCCCUAAGACGCAAAUGCCUGAGUUAUUUAGCUGGCUCAAUGGAUUCAAGGAACCCCAACUCACUAACCCACUGAUGCAAGCGGUUUCGAGAGCUUUCUACACUGACUAUGAUUUGUGGAGAACUUACACUCGCCAGAUUGAACUUCAAUUAGCUAAUGGUACGAUGUACCUGGCAAUGUUGGGAUUUUAUGUUCUGGUCACCAUUCAAGUAUUAGCUCUGAUUCUGAAGGACCCUUCAACUGUUGCUGACAAGUACUUAACUUUGGUGUUGACUCUUGUGUCGAAAUUGUUGAACUCAAAAGAGACUGAUCACAAACUUUCGGCGUUUCUGUUAGUCGCAAUUGUGUCAACCAUUGUACCACUUUCAACGGACAUAAUUUCAGGUAUUACUAGUCUGAUCUUAGCCGGAUACGAUCUGAAGCUAAUCAAAGAAACCUACAUAAUCUUGGGUCAGUUGUGGCACUAUUAUUCGGGUGACUUUUCUGACUUUGAUGAUUCAGUGCUCAGCAACCUUCGUGAUGUGGACUUUGAGUUGAUGGAGAGAUUAUUGGCCCAGGAAUAUCAUAUGCAAAGAUUCCUCAUGUUUUUGUUCCUCUCCACCGGGUCACUUCUGCUGCUCAAGUUGAUCGGUUUAACAUCGUCUGACCGUUUUUUCCAGGUUGCUGUGCAAAAAGCUAUAUCCCUGGAUGAAGUUGCAGUGGCUCAAUAUUUGUUCUCCGCAGACGAAGCCAAAUUCACGAGCGCUCUUGAAUCACAAAACAUGACACUUGAAGAUGCGGAAAUGAAGCUCUUAACCACUCUCAGAUCAAGCAAGCCUGAAGUUGAGCACUCUCAACAAGUUGUGCCUUCUUCUGAUGCAAUGGAUGAGGCUGUCAACAUUUCGUCAGUGUCGUUCACUUCGAAGACGUUUUUCGCACCGUCUGCCACCAAGGAGUUGGUUUCGCUCAUGAAGCUAAUGAUAAAGUUUAUUGCAUCGUCUGAAUCAAAAGCCACAGAGAGUAUCCAGCAAUUCUCUCAAACGGUGUUCAAUACGAAAUAUGAAGUUGCUAUCCUGUUUCUCAUCGCCGUUGGGUAUUCACCUGUGGUUCCUUUGCAAGUUCGUCUCGGUUGUUUCAGCGUGAUUGCAAAAUUAAUGCCGAAGCAGAAGGGGUCUUUGUGGUACUUGCUCAUUCCUGUGUUGAUCGCUGGUAGCGUCGAUGAGAAUGACAAAGUGAGACACUCGAUUUUAGCUCUCCUCCGCAAAGUAUGUGACUACACUAUUUCUGGAAAGGACUCUGAAGACCCUGUGUUGGUCUGUGAGGAUCAAAUUUAUGACAAUGUCAGUGCGGAGGACAAAGCCAUUCUUCCUCCUGCCGAAGCUUCAAGUCUCGCUAAAAGAAUUUUACCGAGCAUCAACGAUAUGGAACUUGAUCAUUACAGGGUCGUUCUGGUGUUAUUUGACGACUUAUUUGUUGUUCUGAAGCUUGGUGUGUUGUAUCAAACCUUCAUCUUGAAUCAAUGGUCGCUUCCCUUCGUGCUCCCUAUAAAGUAUCUCAUUUGGGCUAUAAUGGGUCAUCAAAACACCCGUCUGCUUAAUGGCAGCGAUGAUAGAGGGUUCUUUUAUGAGACCGAUGUUGUCAAUUACGAUACCAACCGGGGAAGGUACACUGAGGACGCAAACUUUUUUGGUAUUGAGUUUGAGGAUGUUGAAACCAAUGUUGCUUCUAUGGUGGGUGGGAAAGGCCCAAGUGAUGUCACUGAUGAGGAAGUUUCGUGGAUGCUCAAGUCGUUGAGCGUUACGGGCUUAGACAGCGUGGUCAGCAAACGUGUAGUUUCGCUUUUCAAUCACGGCGUAUUUGAUGAAUCCCAAGAAAAGCUCAUUGUUUCCAAACUAGUUGGUUUGGCAGUUGAUGAAACUAGUGAUGUUGAUGCCGCUAGUGUUCUCCAGGAAUUGAUUUUGAAGGCUCCUGUGGUUGUUUAUGCCCUUCAAUCAGUGAACCUCGAGUUGCCGGAUUCCGAACCUACUGUUGCCAAACGACGGAGACGGUCGCUGUCGUUUGCAAAGUCGGUGCUUGCUAACGGUGAUGCUCAGCUGUCAGCCACUUUGCAUUUGAGAAAACUUUCAGUUGUAUUAGAUACGGUGGUUCUGGGAAUGAAGUCCCAUAGAAUUCCAACUUCAGCAACAUUCUUGGAGCCGUUGUUUGACAUUUUGACAGAUCUCGAUCUUUUGGGCCACGAUGGAAAUUUACCCAUCUUGUAUCCUCAAGAACUAUUGGUCCAAUCGAUGUUAGCUGUUUUGCAAGGUUCUCGAAAGGAAAUCAAGGAUUUAGGUAUCCGGGUGGACGUCAUUGUGAAUUGUUUGCGCAAUGCAGAGUCGCCACAAUUACAAAAUCGUUUGCUCUUGGUGAUUGCCGAAUUGGCUCAUAUUGUUCCAGAAAUGGUGUUGCAUUCGAUUAUGCCCAUCUUCACUUUUAUGGGAGCUCAAACAGUUCGUCAAGAUGAUGAAUUCUCCCAGCUGACCCUUUUGCAUACCAUAUCAACUGUCGUCCCGCCUUUGAUUGAACUGUCACCAUCUCUGGUGUCUCUGGAAAUUGAGUUUUUGCUUACGCUGUUUGUUGCCACUUUCCAUCACAUCCCUCACCACCGUCGCGUGUCCCUUUUUGUUAACUUGAGUCACACGCUCGGCGUUAAUAUUGCUUUACCUUUGAUGUUAUUCUUGGUUGGUCAACAGCAGGUUAAACUGUCAGGUCUGCUGUUUUCGACCUUUGCGAAUGAAUAUUUGCAACACUUCAGUGCGGAAGAACAGUUGUUAGGGUUGAAUGGUGUUUUGGAGUUGUGGAACUCGAUUCCAAAUGAGCAAAUCGCUUCGGGUAGUGAUGAGUAUUUGUCUCUUGCCAAUAGACUGGCAUUCGGUGUUGCUAUUGCCCUGAUGAAUACCGAAAAUCUCGUUGUUCUCAAAACUCAAUUACUUCAGUUCUUCACCGAGCUCGACACUGAUGAUCUUAAACUUCGCCUCAACAUUGCUGUUGCUGAGGGAUCCAGCGGUCAAUUUUCACUCGAUCAAGUCAGUGCCAUCACUAGUUGGUGUUUGACGACAAUUGAUACUUUUACGAGUGUGACCCCAAACAAGGACAUUCUUAAGUACGCGUAUCUUUUGUUGACCAAGGUCUUGGAUCUUUUGCCUCUCGUGCAAUUUGUUGAUUCUGUGAUAGGACUGUUGGAACCGUCACAGAUUCAAGGAGAUGAAGUGGCUGUUUCUUUGGCUACAAAUUAUGCUCAUUUGUUGGGUAAACGGUUUGAGCAGCUGACUACGAAAGAAGAUGCACAAGCUCUGGCGCUGGCGCACAAACUUCUCCCCGUCCUUUCUAAAGGGUUUUCAUCGGAAAUGCCUGUGGAUUUACAGCAAGCAUACAUUGAUGCAUUUGCAACGAUCGUCCAACUGGUUACAAUUUCAGAAAACAAGCAAUUGUUGGAUGCAAUGGACCUCAUGACACCCAACUUGAUUAAUUUGGGUUCUGCUGAGGUGGUCAUCGCUCUGUGCAAUGCUAUUGGCAUUAUUGUCACUGCCUUGGGUGUCGGAUGCAUAAGAUUUUUCCCGAAAAUCGUACCCCCAGCUAUUCGGAUGGCGGAAUCCAUUAUUGAGUCUGAGGAUGAAGAGAGUCACACGUUGGUGCUCACUGCCAUUCUCAUGUUAUUCCUGACUAUGGUGAAGCAUAUCCCCAAAUUUAUGGUUCUGUCACUUUCACCCAUUCUCGCGGCCAUAAUUAGAGCCCAUCCAAUUGACGGCGAAAUUCGUAAGCAAAUGCUCCAUGUUGUUUUGAGUCAUAUCGACCCUCCUGAUGUUCUCAAGCUGCUCUGUGCUAUUUGGCCUGCAGUGGUAAAGUCGAAAGACGCUACUGCGUUUGGGCUAUAUCUAGCAAUUAUGGAUGACACGGUUCAACAAGCUGAAAAGAAACAGGCUAUUCGUAAUGCCGGCAACUUCUUCAAGUGGGUCAUUAAUGCAUUCGAAUUUGGGGGUUUGGAAGACUCAGUAUUCCCUGUGAAUACAGUACAGCGCCUAGAAAAUUCAGUGUUCUCGACUGUCAUCCAAUUUAUCAUGAAAUUGAAUGACAAAACAUUCAGACCCUCUUUUGUGAAGCUUGUUAGAUGGAUGGUAGAUGGGGAAGAUGCUACACCGAGUCUUGACUUAGCUUACCGAUACAAAAUAUUCCUUCGAUUUUUCGUGAAAUUGCAGGAUGAAUUACGAGGCAUUAUCACCCUGUACUUUUCGUACCUUGUUGACCCCAUUAGUCAAUUAUUGUCUCAAUAUGCGGAAGGCUCAAUAAAGAAUGAUACAUUGCAUCGGAUCGUGUUGAAUGCUUUGACAUCCUCAUUCAAGUUUGAUAAUGAUGACUAUUGGGCUCAGCAAGGUCGAUUUGAAGCUAUUUGCCAACCACUUUUGGAUCAAAUCCAGAAUGCCGAGGUAGAUGGCUCAAAGCACUUGGUGAAGGCUAUCACUCUGUUCGUUGCUGAUGUAUCAAGUGAUGACUAUAAUGAAACGUUGAUCAAUGGACUUAUCAAGUAUUUGAGUCCCGAUACGUCACUGGGAGCGAAGAUCUGCACAAUUAGAAUUUUGAAGAAUGUCUUCCAAAAGAUGGGUGAUCAAUGGUUGUCCUUUUUGCCUACUAUGAUCCCGUAUAUUGCAGAGCUACUCGAAGAUGACGAUGAGAAGGUUGAAUUGGAGGUCAGACAAGGUUUAGUGAAAGUGAUUGAAAAAGUACUCGGUGAACCAUUGGACAGAUAUUUAGAAUAG